AAGACCAUCUGGAAUUCAGAUAUUUUCACCCCUCUGAGUCGCGUGGCAGAACCUCGCCUCUCCGGGCUACACCCCGUUUUGCUGCUACUUAAGCAGCUUCUCCCACUCGAGCCCUACGGCAAACACAGGCGCGCGAAUCCGAGGAGGAACACAAAGCAGCAGCAGCCCACGAGCUUUCCACGCCUCUGAACAUGUCUGCGAAAACAUUCGCCGCUUGCUGCCUUUGUCUGCUGCUAACUCACAUGGUGAUGGGUGAAGAUUGCUCCAAGGCCUGUGACUGUCCUGCAGAGACACCGUUUUGCCCGUUUGGAAUCAGCCUGGUGCUGGACAGCUGUGGUUGCUGUAAAGUGUGUGCCCGGCAAGUAGGAGAACCUUGCUCUGUCAUGGAGCCCUGUGACCACCAUAAGGACCUUUACUGUGACUAUGCAUUGCUGAGUGACACAGAAACUGGCAUCUGCAUGGCUCAGGAAGGUCAGCUCUGUGAUCUGGGUGGAGUGAUCUACCGCAGUGGAGAGGCAUUUCAACCGAGCUGCAAGCACCAGUGCAUUUGCAUGAAUGGCGAAAUUGGCUGUGUGCCAGCCUGUGCCAGCGACAUUCGCCUGCCCUCUCCAAACUGCCCAUACCCACGACGUAUCCAGAUCCCUGGCAAGUGCUGCGAGGAGUGGGUGUGUGACGAGACCCCCCAAGAAGAUCCCUUCCAGUCAGCCAUGGCUGGUAGGUCCCUUGUGUAUCGGAAACUGCAGAGUCCAGAGCCUGAGAGUGCUCGGGACAACUGCAUCGUGCAAACCACAGAGUGGAGUGAGUGUUCGGCCACCUGUGGUAUGGGCGUGUCCUCUCGCAUCACCAAUGACAACGAGCAGUGUCAGCUGGAGCGCCAGACUCGCGUCUGCGUGAUCCGGCCAUGCCAAGUCCAGCAAGAGAACCUCAUCAAGAAAGGCAAAAAGUGUGUGCGGACUCCAAAGAGUCAGCAGGGCAUGCGCUUUGAGUUGUCUGGCUGUCAUAGCAUGCAGAUGUAUAAGCCCAAGUUCUGCGGAGUGUGUACGGAUGGACGCUGCUGUACUCCACAAAACACCAUGACCGCUGAGGUGGAAUUCCGCUGUCCUGAGGGAGACUCCUUUAAGAGGAAGAUGAUGUUCAUUAAGACCUGCUCCUGCCACUAUGACUGCCCACGCGGAAAUGACAUCUUCCUUGCUUCAAACUCACGGAAAAUGACAGGAGACUAUGAUAAUGACAUGUGAAAGCCUGCCAGAUGGUGAAGAGGUACAGAGGAAAAAGAUGGAAAAAAAGCACAUGCUCGCACACUCCCUGACAAUCUAGUACAGCAGUGCACAACUCCUGUGUCCAGCACAGUUUGGUGUUUUACCUACUCGCAUACUCCUGAUUACACUUACCUGUUAACUGAAAGAUGUUUUGGAGGUUUCUGUAUUCAAACACCUGUGUUCAGGACUGGAGUUGUGCACUCCUGAUCUAGCACAUGCAUUACAAGGCAGCUCUUUUUUUUUUUGUUUGUUUGUUUUCCCCCUGACCCCAAGUUUCACAAUUGCCCAAGGGAGCAUGAACAAAAGAAUGUUUUAUAUAAAGGGGAGCCUCACUUGAUGCCAUAACCAGUUUUUGUAGCAUUUUUUGUGCAGCUCAGAAGUAAUCUGGCUCUUUUAGUGGUUUCCCCCUAUGUUGAUGCAUGCAUGGGCUAGAGUGGACCUGAAGCACUGAGGACUAUAUAUAUUAAAGCAUUUUGGAAGUAUAGUUCACAUUUAGUUCCAAAAUUUGUUACUGUGAGUAACGUACCACAAAUCUUACCAUGUAGCAUUAAACACAAGUGAACCUAACUAAAUUAGUAAACUCUAUUCACUCCCAAGAGUUGUUGGUGAGAGACUAAUCCAUUCUAAAUGGGACAAAAUGACAUGCAGUAUAUGGUAUUGUUUACUGUUUAUUUAAAGAAAAUAAAUGGAAACAUUAAAAUAAUGACGAAUACACAUUGUGUAAAUACUGUAAGAAGACUGUAUAGUUUUGUACUAAUUUAAACAGUUGCUUAACUUUCAAAUUUAGUUGUAUUUGUACUGUAUUAUUGUUUUCACUGUAACCACCUGACAGAGAUAGAAGUGAGUUGAAUUUCCAAUGCACUUUCAUUUGUUUUUCCAAUAAAUAAAUUAUUUUUUAUAUUUA